AUUUCCUGCUGAUCUCUCUCUCUCUGCUGAAGACUGAAACACUAAAACAAGAAGUGAAGAAUAAACUUUUUUAGAGGAAAAUGACGACUUCAAAUUUGGAAGUUCCUUUGCAAGUUCCCACCUUUCAUCAUACACCUUAUUAUUGUGAGGAAAACGUCUACCUGCUAUGCAAAAAGCUAUGUGAUGAUGGGCUGGCAAAUACCAACGGUUCUGAUCUGUUUAUUAUUUUCAUUUCCAAUGAGAAGAAGCAGAUUCCUCUGUGGCAUCAGAAGGCUAGCCAGCGAGCAGAGGGAGUUAUUUUGUGGGACUAUCACGUCAUUUGUGUACAGAAAAAGGGAAAUGAGAACUCUUCAUCGCUAGUGUGGGAUUUAGAUUCAAGCCUUCCGAUUCCAUCUUCUCUUGGCUCCUAUGUUGCUGAGAGCAUUCGUCCAUCAAUUCAAAUAUUUUCAGAAUUCAAAAGGUUCUUUCGAGUUGUGCAUGCCCCUAUAUUUCUCCGACACUUUGCAUCUGAUAGAAGACAUAUGAAGGAUUCUGCUGGAAAUUGGAUUGCCGAACCGCCAUUGCACGAAGCUAUUGUUGCUGAAGAUGGAACCAUACACAACCUGAACGAGUACAUUACAGUCUCUCCAGACGAUGUUGUGAAAAAUGUCGGAGCUGAUAAUGUCAAUGUUGUUUUCUCCGAGAAACAUGGCGUUGUAGUUGGUGAAAAUGAUUUAAUGGAAUUUUUCUCUUUGAUUCCUGAUGAGAGUUGAAUAAUGUACUAGCUGAGAGUUGAGUUCAUGCUCUAGGAUGUUUACAUUUGUAAAGAAACAGAAAAAAGAAGUGUCUUGUGGAAAUUUUGCAAAUA